GGAAUGAAAUAGAUUUACAAGGCACAACAAGCGAUUGAAGUGCAUAUAGAGAGUGAUAUCAAGGAGAAAGUAYUCSGUUGUUGAAGUGAGUURGUCCUCCAUCCAUUGAAAAUGUCUCAUCCAACAAUUGUGAACGGUGGUUAUUGGCUGAGCAGCACGGCCGGUAAAUUACCUGCUUCUAACAUUGAUGCUACGCUUUACACUCAUCUCUUCUGCGGAUAUGGAGAAAUCGACCCCACAAAACAUGAAGUGACGAUUCCUUCAACAGAAGUGAGUCACUUCUCCGAAAAAGUGAAAGUGAGCAAUCCUAGUGUAAAGACUCUGCUGUCCAUUAGAGGAGACAGCAAAGUUUUCUCAGACAUUGCAAAAGUACCCACAGCACGAGACACGUUCGUCAAUUCCUCGAUCAAGGCGGCUGUUGAUUGUGGGUUUGACGGCCUGGAUUUACAGUGGUUGUACCCAUCUUCUCCGACUGAUAUGCAAAAUUUUAAAACCCUGAUUGUGAAGUGGCGGCAGGCGGCUGUGGACGACGCUAGAAACAACAACCGACCGGAGCGAAUCCUGGUGGCUUCCGUGCCGAACCUACCAUACAUUGAGAAGAAUGUUGAGUACCCAGGUGAAGCAAUCAAACAAAACCUCGACUGGGUGAACCUUGUUUGUUACGACUUUUACACCCCAGCCGAAGGUUCAUCCCCCGAUUACACUGGACCAUCUUCCGCACUCUUCAACCGCAAGUCCAACUCCUUGUCUGCACGCUUCGGGAUCGAAUCCUGGACAAAAUACGUUCCUCCCAAGAAGAUCGUGUUCGGAAUCCCUUUCCACGGCUGGGCAUGGACACUCGCCAAUGCUCUCGAGCACGACGUGUUUUCGAAGGCGACUGGCCUAGCUGCGUCUGGCCAAAUGGACUACUCUGAGGUGAAAAAGUUCAUAGACGCCCACGCCAGUGUGAGUAAGAACAUCCCCAAUGACCCCAGAUUUGGGAUUGCCUACGCCUAUGCCGAAACCACCUGGAUUGCGUACGAAAGUGAAUCCACCAUUCCUGUGAAAAUUAAAUUCGCAAAGCAAAACCAGCUGCUGGGUUACUUUGCUUGGAACAUCUCUGGCGACGACGACGUCAACACUCUUGCUAACGCUGCCCAAUCCAAUUGGCAGUGAUAAAUUGCAUGCUGCUGCUGCUUUGGUUUCCAAACCUUAAUUUUCUAAUAAAAUAAAUGCAUGCUCCUCUCCACGUGUGUGUCUGUGUGUCUUACUUUUGUUUUUUGUUCCUUCUCACUACUUUCCUUUCCACCUGUGUCUGUGUGUCUUACUUUUGUUUUCUGUUCCUUCUCACUGCUUUCCUUUCAUUUUCUCCCUUGGUGUGUAUGUCCUAUUAUCCAAUAUUAAGGCUAUCUUUGGUUUGCUUUCUGUU